AUGAUCUACUAUAAAUCAAUGAAAAGUUAUAUGAACAUCCUUGGCAUAAAUCCGUAUCAAGAUAAACGAGCUGGUAUUGCCCUGCAGUCCACUGCAAUGUUCCUUUGCGUGUCCGUAAUGAGUCCAAUGUUUCUAAAGAUCUACGUGGCCCAGCGCGAGAAGGAUUUCGAUGGGGUCAUGCAGGUACUCCCGAACAUUAUCGCCCAGACUGGCGCCCUCGUUAAAGUAAUGAACAUCCGUAUCAACAAAGCGAACUUUCGAAAAUUAUUCGAUCUCAUGGUACGAAGAUGGAAACUGUUGGAAGCAAAGGACGAAAUAGAGAUACUGAAGAAAUACACCAGUAAAGGGAUGAGACUUAGAGAACUGUACAAAGACUCGUUGUGGAUAGUUCUGUUAGUAUAUAUGAGCUUUCCAUUGAUAAAUCCGGUUUUGGAUGUUGUUGCGCCGUUAAACGAGACCCGACCCCGUAGGCUUUUGCUCCCAGUUAGUUACAUAUUCAUAGACGAGUACGAGCAUUUUUAUAGCGUGAAUUUUCACCUAUACACCAGCGUGAUUUCCUGCGGGAUGAUGAUAAUCGCCGUGGAUAUGUUAUACAUUACUAUCAUUUUUCACCUUUGCGGAUUGUUCGCAGUGUGUGGACAUCGAAUUCAAGUAACAACAGAGAUGAACAUCGUGAACAAAGACGAAACCAAGAAAAGCGAGGCUGGUUACAAACAGUUCAAACAAUGUGUGACAAUGCAUCACGAAGCCCUUCAGUCUGUAUCGAAAGUUUCACAAUACUGCCAGAUUCUGGAAAGAAGUAGCCAACAUAUGUACCUGAUUCAAGUAGGAUUAAGCGUGUUCAUCAUCAGCGUGACGGCUGCCGCAUGCAUUAUGAACAUCGACCGACCUGACGAACUCAUCAGGCUUGCGAUGUUUGUCGUAGCUCAGAAAUUUCAUUUGCUCAUCCUUAGUUUACCUGGGCAAAUGUUGUUAGAUCAUAGUUUAGGAUUGGCCGAUAUAAUUUACGCUUCUAAAUGGUACGAACUACCGGUAAAAGGGCAAAAGUUGAUUUACACGAUGCAAAUGAGGUCCAUACGGCCAUGUAUAUUAACAGCAGGAGGAGUGCAUGAGAUGAACAUCGAGAGUUUCGGAAUAGUAUGUAAUAAUAUGAUAAAUUAG